GAGCCGUCGGUUUGGUUGCGCCGCUGGGCGAAGUUGCUGUGAGGCGCGCACCUCUGGCUGCAGGAAGGUAGUGACUGUGGAAUGCGAAGUGGUGCUGGGACCUUCGGACGAUCAGUGGCGCUGCCACCGCCUUCUGCCUGGAGGCUUUGGGAAGGGAGCCUUGGGCUUGGAUUGAGGCUCCCGGAUCUGCAGUGUUGAUCCCCGGAUAACUGGAAUGGAUCUGCGGCUGCUGCAGCUGGAAUAGGCAGAGCUAGUAUUGGAUGGCUUGUGUGACAGCGGCAGAUCCAGCCUUACUAGGAUUAAACGUGCGUGGAGCUGGAGGAAGUUUCAUGAUCUGAAACUCAUUGGAACCUAUGAAGAGACAUGACGACUUCAUAAGGGACUUUUCUACAGUUUCUUUUCUUUCUUGUUCCAAAUCAUGAUGCCCCCUGCCAAUAAUGUGCCCUUCACUUAACACGGGAUUUAUCCUGGGAAAGGGAUAUCCAAACCAUGAAUCCUGAGCAUCUUUUCAGCCUUUUACUUGUCUGUUAAUUUUGCUAGACUUCUGGGCACAUCGUUCAGCAUAAACAGUUAUACUGCCUUGCUCAGCUUGAGCCUUCCUAUUCCUGUUGAGCCUUCAAGGGUGCUGAUUCUUCUGCAGCAUGGCUUCAGUAUGGAAAAGACUGCAGCGUGUUGGGAAACAUGCAUCCAAGUUCCAGUUUGUGGCCUCUUAUCAGGAACUGAUGGUUGAAUGCACCAAGAAAUGGCAACCAGAUAAAUUGGUAGUGGUUUGGACAAGAAGAAGCCGAAGGAAAUCUUCUAAGGCUCAUAGUUGGCAACCAGGAAUAAAGAAUCCUUACCGUGGGGUUGUAGUGUGGCCUGUUCCUGAAAACAUUGAAAUCACUGUGACACUUUUUAAGGAUCCCCAUGCAGAAGAAUUUGAAGACAAAGAGUGGACAUUUGUUAUAGAAAACGAAUCUCCUUCUGGACGCCGGAAAGCCCUUGCUACCAGCAAUAUCAACAUGAAACAAUAUGCAAGCCCCAUGCCAACACAGACAGAUGUCAAAUUAAAGUUCAGGCCUUUGACCAAGAAAGUUCUCUCAGCCACCCUGCAGUUCUCAUUAUCAUGUAUUUUCCUAAGAGAAGGAAAAGCCACAGAUGAAGAUAUGCAGAGCCUGGCAAGUCUGAUGAGUAUGAAGCAAGCAGAUAUUGGAAAUUUAGAUGACUUUGAGGAAGAUAAUGAAGAUGAUGAAGAAAAUAGAGUAAACCAGGAAGAAAAGGCUGCAAAAAUUACAGAAAUUGUAAACCAGUUGAAUGCUCUGAGCAGCUUAGAUGAAGAUCAAGAUGACUGCAUAAAGCAUACAAAUAUGCUGUCCACUAAAUCAGCCAGUUCUUCUGAAGAACUUAUCAACAAGCUUAGUUUCCUGGAUGAAGAGGAGCAAGAUUUGGCAAAUUCAAGAUCAAAUCCAUUUGUAGAUUCUGAUAGGUCAGAGCUGAAUCCUUUUGGAGACACUGAUAUCGAAGAACAAGACAUUAAGAUGACUUCAUUAUCCAAACAAGAGCGCUACUGUGAUGACAGUGAUGAAUAUAACCCCUUUAAAGAAAAGGGUAUGGAGUAUGUGAACCCUUUUGAUGAACCAGAUCCUGAACCUGAGGUCCUAUUACCUGUCAAAGAUUCUCCUCCUCAACCUAGCAAAAGGAAAAAUAUCCGGCCUGUGGAUAUGAGCAAAUAUCUUUACGCUGACACAUCAAGAACAGAUGAAGAGGAGUUAGAUGAAUCCAAUCCCUUUUAUGAACCCAAAGCAAGUUUGGCUUUAAAUGAUCAAGUUACUUCGGUGCAAGAAACAGAAAGGAAGAUGAAAAGAAAAGCUCCGGAACCACCAAUUCUCUCACCCAAGGUAGAAAGAGAAGCAAGUGAGAACAUGUCAGCUAUUCAUGCAGUGAAAGAGCUUUCCUCUUCUCCUAAGCCAAGCCCAUUACCAAGUCCUGUUUUGGGGAGAAAGCCAAAUGCUAGUCAGUCAUUGCUUGCUUGGUGUAAAGAAGUUACAAAAAACUACCGUGGAGUAAAAAUCACCAAUUUCACUACAUCUUGGAGAAAUGGUUUAUCCUUUUGUGCAAUAUUACAUCACUUUAGACCUGACUUAAUUGAUUACAAGUCCCUGAAUCCUCAAGACAUUAAGGAGAACAACAAAAAGGCAUAUGAUGGAUUUGCUAACUUGGGAAUAUCCCGGCUACUUGAACCUUCUGACAUGGUUUUGUUAGCCAUUCCUGACAAGCUGACUGUUAUGACCUAUCUGUAUCAAAUACGGGCACAUUUCAGUGGACUGGAGCUAAAUGUAGUUCAGAUUGAAGAAAAUAGUAGCAAAAGCACAUACAAAGUCGGCAACUAUGAAACAGACACAAACAGCUCUGUUGACCAGGAAAAAUUCUAUGCAGAACUAAGUGACCUAAAACGAGAGCCAGAACUGCAGCAGGCAGCCUUUGUUUUCCAGAAAGACCCGGUAUUUGUAAAUGACAGCAGAGUUCUAGAGUCAGAAAGAGACAGAGAACCUCAAGAUACAGCUGAGUCACCAAGUUUGGCCUCUCCUCCUCCUCCUCACAGGACUACAGGGGAUGCAGAGCAACCACAAAAACAACAGGGAAGGAUUUCGAGAAUAGCAGAACCUGAAAAAAACAAUACAGCACAAACACAGCCCCUGUUGGGAAGGAAAAAGCUUCUCAAAGCCGACACUCUAGACCUAAGUGAUCUCAUGCAGAUCAGCAAUCUAAAAAGGGAUCCACUUCCCACAACUAUAGAUGAGGAUAUUGACAAAAAAGGACGUCAGAAUUGUGACACUGCCAUUUGUUUCUCAGAACCUGGAAAACAUGAGCACCUCAGCCUUAGAGAUAGUAGAAAAAUGGAUUCUGAGUUACACGUUGAAAAAACAAAUUUAGAUGUGGGAAAUAAAUCUGGAUGCGCCAACAAUAGGGAUAUGGAUAUUAAUAAAUUAGAUACUCAACUGGAGACUAAGCUAGAGUUUGAGGCCAAAACAGUGAUACAUCCAACAGAUCUGCCUGGAAAAACUGCACAGCAACGAAUGUUAUCAAGACAAGAAGAGUUAAAAGAACGUGCAAGAGUCCUGCUGGAACAAGCAAGAAAAGAUGCUGCUUUAAAGGCAGGAAACAGACAGUUUUCCAGUUCAAUCGUCCCAGGCCGCUCUAAGCAACUGACUGAUCAGCAAGAUGAAGAGCGGCGUCGGCAGCUGAGAGAGAGAGCUCGUCAGCUAAUAGCAGAAGCUCGAUCUGGAGUGAAGAUGUCAGAACUUUCUAGUUACAAUGAAAUGGCUGCAGAAAAGUUGAAAGAAAGGUCAAAGGCAUCUGGAGUUGAGCAGAACAGCAAGUUGGUGGAUUUGAAGCUGAAGAAACUCCUAGACGCUCAGCCACAGGUGGCAAAUUCGUUUACCAGCACUGCUCCAAAAUCAGUUUCUGAUAACACUGAGCCAAAGUUUAUGAAUGAGACAGAGGAACAUGCUGAGCGAUUACAAAAGGCAGCUGAACGUUUUAGAAGCCCUGUUGUUUUCAGCAAGGAUUCAACAGUCAGAAAAACGCAGCUUCAGUCAUUCAGUCAAUACGUUGAAAACAGACCAGAGAUGAAAAGGCAGAGAUCAAUACAGGAAGAUAUAAAGAGAGGAAAUGAGGAGAAGGCAGCGAUAACUGAAACUCAGAGGAAGCCAUCAGAAGAUGAAGUGCUUAAUAAAGGGUUCAAAGACACCAGUCAGUAUGUUGUAGGAGAAUUGGCAGCACUAGAGAAUGAGCAAAAGCAAAUUGACACCCGUGCCGCGCUGGUGGAGAAGCGCCUUCGCUAUCUCAUGGACACAGGAAGAAAUACUGAAGAAGAAGAAGCUAUGAUGCAAGAAUGGUUCAUGUUAGUCAAUAAGAAAAAUGCCUUGAUAAGAAGAAUGAAUCAACUUUCUCUUCUGGAAAAGGAACAUGAUUUAGAAAGGCGGUACGAGCUACUGAACAGGGAACUAAGAGCCAUGCUUGCUAUUGAAGACUGGCAAAAGACUGAAGCUCAGAAGAGGCGGGAGCAACUUUUGCUAGAUGAACUUGUUAUUCUCGUUAAUAAGCGUGAUGCACUGGUCAGAGAUUUAGAUGCCCAAGAAAAACAGGCUGAAGAAGAAGAUGAGCAUUUGGAAAGGACUCUUGAACAAAACAAAGGAAAAAUGGCCAAGAAAGAAGAGAAAUGUAUCCUUCAAUGACUAGCUUUCACGGCCCAAGAUACUGUCACUUUUUGUAACUUCAGCCUUCUUACAUUUUGGACAUAUGCCAACAACAAGACUAGAAAAACUAAAUCACAAAAAGGCCUCUUAAAAUUUCAGAAUUUUCCAUUUGGCCGAAUCAACUUUAUCUUAAAUUGAUUUCUGAUUCUCUUCCCCUUUUUCAUUCAAGCAAUGGGGUUUCAGAAUUAGCGUUCCACCAGGAUUUUUUUUGUGGGUUUAAUUAUCUUAAAUAAGUUUGCUCCCAAAUGUUUAAGCAGCCAUCCAGUUGUGUAAGAAGGGAGAAAACCUUAGUGUUAUGUUUUUAGUUUAAAAAACUUGCAAAUACAUUGUUCUAUGUAGAUGCAUAGCAGAGAAAGAAGGAAACAUAUGCUCAAUUGUUUCCUCUAGUUCUGCCAUAUGUAAUAUUAAAUAUGCUAUCAACCAUUUUAUUGUUAGAUCAUAUUCAUACCAUUUCUUUCAAUGUGUUAUAUUUACAUGCGUUUUUCAGCUGCAGUUUUACAUUUUCAUUGUAAGUACAAUUAUAAAAUUUAAAGCUUUCUUAUGUUCUCGGAGAGCAGUUCUUUUUAAUCAAUCUUUCAAGAAUCUUGCAACUUAACAAAAGUGAUUUUAAAGAUAAGGCUAACUGAAGUAUGAUCAGUUUACAGAAAAUUCUUCUUUUGAGGCUACCCCGUUUUUAUUAAUUAUUUAUUUACCUGUUAGUUUAGUUCCCUUUUCUUGAUCUUGUGCUGGACCUCUGCACUCUGGUUCUACAGUGCUGUUAAUAUUUAUUCUGUAUCCAUCAGGGGUCUGUCUUGCCAUUGUUUGCAAAAUCUUGCAAGUAAAUAUAUCCUUCUCUAGCAUCAUGCUCAUUUUUGUGGAAAUGGUUAUGUUUAUUUAUUACAAUACCAAGUUAUGUAUAAUUUUUCAAUAAAAGCUGGAUCUUUCUUAUCAAA